AAACAAUAAAAGUGGAGCAUCAUUUAUUUGAAGGUUUAAUUACUUCUUCUUUUUCAAGUGACAUAGUCAAUGACGCAGACUGCUCAGUCCCUGUCUUGUGUUGGAUCUGCUGAUGCAGAGCCGAACAAGCAGUUGAGUAGUGAUUAGAAUAACCAACUAGAUGUGAUUGAUUUGGUUCUUUAGAGUAUCAGCAGUAGCUGACUUUGUCAAUUAAUAUUCUGCUCUAGAAUAUGCCUCAAGACAGUUUUAGAUCGAUUGUGUACAGAUCAUUUGUCACCUGUGAUGAUCCCAAAGGAGUUCUAGAAUGUGGGACAAUAAGAAAAUCCAGAACUUGUGCUGAGAAAUUGGGACAUAAGAUUGGAAGCCCUAGAAAACAGAAGAACAACGAUGCACAUUCUGCAAUAAACAAGCCAGAGGAAGAGGAAAUGGCGUCGAAAGGGACUGGCCUCGAAGAAUCUUUUAGUCCAUCUUCUUUUCAGCUUUUGGAGGUCUCUAGAGGAGCUCAGAAGUUGAAUCAGAUGAGUGACUCAUGGUCUAAGGGGCUGAGUUAUGAAGGACAUUCAAAGGAAAUUGCAAAAGAUUUGUUGAGAGGAGCUCUUGAUCUGCAGGAUUCUCUGAUUAUGCUCGGCAAGUUGCAAGAAGCGUCACGGUACAUGUCUCAGUUGAAGAAGAAACAGAAGGAGAAGUUUGAAAUGGGGAGAACUGAGGAAUUUGGGAUUGAGAGUAGGGAUUCCAAUCGGUUUAGAGAUCGAAACUACCGGAUGGGAUUCCAGAAUCCGCGGCUUUCAGCUGAUGGCUCUUCAAGGGAUUGCUUUGAGGACCUUAGAGAUGUGAUCAGAGAAAGCUUUGCCAGGCAGAACCUAUUGCCUGAAGCAUCCGCUGAUAAAAAAAAAAAAUUUCAUCAAAGAAACUUGCACUUGGCUUCAGAAAUUCCCUCCACAAGCUCCAGCCAAUCUUCAACAGCUUACUCCAACAAUUUUACUUCUACUGACUCCAGUAUUUCAUCAACAGCACUGCAGAAGAAGGCAAAAGCUCCAAAUCUGAUUGCCAGACUUAUGGGUCUUGAAGAAGUCCCCUCAGAACAUUUCCAACACACUCUUCAAAAACAAAUGGGGAGUGAGAAGAUUUUGAAUCAGCGCAGGCAACUCUUUGAUAUCGAGAAGCCAAAGGUAAAGAGGUCUCAAUACUUGGUAAAGAAAGUGAAUACGAGGCAAAAGAAGCCGCAUGAAAUACUCGAAACCAUGCAGUUUGAAGGGCUUUUGAGAAGCAAGUCUGUUAAGGAGUUUAGAACUAGCUCGGAUCCUUAUGGUGAUUUCCACGUUAAACAAAGUAGGAUUGACGACAUAGCACCUAUUGUACUUAUUAAACCUCUCCAUAUUCCACACCCGGAGAAAGAAGAGCACUUCACACCUACAUUAGGGAAAGAAGUUGCCCUGAAUGCAAAGACGGUGCUCAGAAAACCAAAACUAAAAGAAGUCAUCCCUCCCUGGGAACUUAACAACCAAGAAAUGGCGUUCAAACCUGUCAAAAUGCCGAGAAAAACUGAAGCAGAAGAAAACCCUGUCGGAAGAACUAACAAGGAUGAAAUGCUCAAAUGUCACAAAGUGGUAGAAGAUAAACCAGAAGAUAAAAAGGUCAAGACAAAGGAAAAAAGAUCUUGUAAGUCGCAAGUUUCUGGUCCUCUAACUCACCAACCAAAGAAGAAAGAGUUCAAUUACAAAAAGGUUGAUUGCAUUCAAAAGGUGAAAACCUCUAGCAGGAAAGCAGCAGAGAAGGAGAUUGUGAAAUCUGCUGAUGUUCUAAGAUCUAGAGAUCAAGCCAAUAUCACCGCUGCAAAGCCGAGACUGCUCAAAAAGGCAUCAAAAGUUACAAAGGUUCCAACUCCCCAGAAACUCAGCAUUACCACCCCAAACACUAUCUUGAAACCCACAACAAACACUACUGUUGGAACUUCCAAACAUCAGGAGAAGAAGAAAAUGUCACCCAGUGAGUCUAUGCCUGCUAAAUCACUCGUGAGUCUCCUCUCAUCUUUAUAA